UUGGGUAUUGGAGUGUUCGAGACAGAGAGACGAUGCCAGCAAUGGGAAAGAAAGGUAUGGCGCCGAUUUUCGGGCAGGCAUCCCUGAAAAUAUACCUCAGAUAUUGGUCGACUGUCCUCGUCCUUCCUCGCUCUGCUGUCAGCUGCUUGCCAGUGUCCAGAUGAAUGCCAAAGAGGAGCCUUGAGUACUGGAGUGGAGCGUACUGGUCACAAGUUGAAACCCCACACCCAGUGUCCCUCACACCAGGACAGCACUGCUAAGACCACUUGCUAAUAACAUGGAUAUCUGGUGACACACGGGACUCUGCUAACCACUGAUUCUGCAGCCACUGGGGGUGUUUGCGCUCUCCAGGAUCCGAUGAUUACAGGGCAGCUGAGCAAGCCGCUGCUCUCCCUGCGCAGCGACAUGAGCGCGGCAGAACUCCGGGCAGACGACAAAGCGGCCACCCCAGACAGCGAUCUGAAUGACGAGGCCCUGCUCCUGCCCUCCGAGGCCACGGACAGAGAGGGCACUCCUAACAAGCUGUAUGGGGCCCGUGAUGGUUCGGUGCAGUCUGAUGCCAGCAGCAGUCCUUCUGAGCAGAGUCAGCUUGGCCACUCUCAUCCAGGAUACCCGAUGGGUCCACAGUCUCUCCUGGUGGCACAGCAGCUCGCCAGUGCAGUAGGUGGCGUGAUGUCCGGAGCAACGCCAGGCAUGAACCAGCCGAUCCUCAUCCCCUUCAAUGCAGGUGGACAUCUGGGCGGGCAACAGGGCCUGGUCCUCUCCCUGCCCACGGCCAACAUCCAGAGCCUGGUGGCAGCUGCAGCUGCAGGUGGUAUCAUGACACUCCCCCUCCAGAACCUGCAAGCUACCUCAUCACUGAACUCCCAGCUCCAGCACCUGCAGCAGCUCCAACAGAUGCAUCAGCAGCACCACCACCACCAGCAGCAGCAGCAGCAGCAGCAGCAACACCAUCACCAACAGACCCAUUCCCACACCCAGAACCAGCUGCCAUCCCAGCAUCACACGACGCCACCCAGCCAGCAGCAGACCUCUGUCCCGUCCCCGGGCUCUGCCUGUUCCUCCACCUCGGGACAGCCACAGCAGUCUCCACCGCAUCGACCAAACCAGUCACCAGUCCACAGCCUUCCUUCACCUGUAACCCCACCCAUGCCGUUGCCGCUGAAUCCUCUGGCCAGCCAGGCAGCAGUAGCAGCAGCAGCAGCCAUGGGAUCCAUCGCCAGUUCUCAGGUGUUUGGCAGCACCCUCUCAAACCUGCAAGGAGCCACCGGGCAGUUGGUCACCAAUGCACAAGGACAGAUAAUUGGAACAAUCCCACUGAUGCCCAACUCUGCAGGGCCCUCCAGCCAAUCAGGAGGUGGCAACCCAGCACUGCAGGUACAGCCAAUUACACCUCAGCUUUUGACCAACGCUCAAGGCCAGAUCAUCGCCACGGUGAUCGGCAAUCAGAUCCUGCCUGUCAUCAACACCCAGGGAAUCACGCUGUCCCCAAUCAAGCCUGGACAGCAGUUGCCUCAGGCUCAGCAGGGUCAGACAGGCUCCACAUCAUCUCAGCCCAGCCUACUCCACAUGCCCCACAGACAGAGUCCUCUCCACCAGGGCUCUUCCUCCUCCUCCACCUCCUCCUCUUCCUCAGCUCUCAGCGUGGGGCAGCUGGUCAGCAACCCGCAGACUGCUCCCAGUGAGGUGGACGGGGUCAACCUGGAGGAGAUACGAGAAUUCGCCAAAGCGUUCAAGAUCCGCCGGCUGUCCCUGGGCCUGACACAGACUCAGGUGGGCCAGGCGCUCAGCGCCGCCGAGGGGCCGGCGUACAGCCAGUCUGCCAUCUGCAGACACACCAUCCUGAGAAGCCACUUUUUCCAACCACAGGAAGCCCAAGAGAACAUUAUAGGUAGCAGUCUGACAGGUAAACUGAACCCUGGCCUUUUAUAUCCUGCCAGGUUUGAGAAGUUGGACAUCACCCCUAAAAGUGCCCAGAAGAUUAAGCCCGUUCUGGAGCGCUGGAUGGCCGAGGCUGAAGCCCGCCACCGAUCCGGCAUGCAGAACCUGACUGAGUUUAUCGGCAGUGAGCCUUCGAAAAAACGCAAGCGGAGGACCUCGUUCACCCCACAGGCACUCGAGAUCCUCAACAGCCACUUUGAGAAGAACACGCACCCCUCUGGACAGGAAAUGACGGAAAUAGCAGAGAAACUGAACUAUGACAGGGAGGUGGUGCGUGUCUGGUUCUGCAACAAGAGGCAAGCCUUGAAAAACACAAUAAAGCGUUUGAAACAGCCCGAACUGGGCACGGCCGCACCAGUGGACCCUCUCACCGACUCUCUACAGGAGCUCCCGAAAUGAACGAGCCCUCCAAAGGCGAAGGGGAGGCCAUUACAAAUCAGCAAAGAUGGAUGAACUCAUCUUGAAAUGAGAAUUGAGAAAUGUUCCCAAGUCACCUGGAUGGACAGUUUGCAAACAAAAUCUACUGUAUGUGUUGUCAGUGUGAUUGCCACAGUUGUGUAAAUGACAAAUGGCAAAACCAAAAACAAGAAAAAAAGAGAAUAUUAUCUGAGAAUUGUGUAAAAACAGUUUUAGAUUCUGGCUUUACAGACCACAUUUUGGUUCCCAUGAGGAGGGAUUUAGUAAAGAGAGAUCAUACCAAAUCAAAACACUAUUUACCAAAGUCUGUUGCAUCUAAGAAUAAUUUUGUAAUGUAUAUGUGCUCUAAAUUUUUACAUUUGUACUGGCAAAUCUAACCUAUAUGUGUUUUAUCUUUGUCUCACUUAAUUUUUCUUCAUUGUUUCUAUGUAAAUAUCUAAAAAAAAAACGCUGUCUUCAGAUUGAAAUCACACUGGUAAUGUUUUUUUCUGGAAAAUACCUUUGCUGUUAAACAAGUGCAUAAAAUGUUUUUGAUUUACCUGCAAAUAUUUUCAGUCACAGUGUAACUUUGUACAACUUUUACAGGUAUUUAUUAAGGAUCUCAUGAGAUUGUUUCAGAGGACGGAGGGAAGCGGAAAGUCGGUGUCUGUCGAGUCUACUGCAGCUUUGUUUUGAGCUACUGUGUCAUUCUGUUGCCAAAGCCUGAUAGCCAAAGAACACAUAAACAUUCAGCUCAAGGACUGGGGAAGAUUUUACCUUUUUAUUUGUUUGUGCACAAGGCUUCCUCCUCCCUUUUUCUAAAGCGUUUUACUCUGUAGGUCAAGUUUAACAAAAAACAUGUCAAACAGCCACAGCUCUGUCUUCUGUAAGUACAAUAUAGGAAAUGUAUUGGAGGAAACUCUGCAUGUUUCAACUCCAAACACACGGAGAAGAAGCGUUAUAAGUCUUGGCUAAAAUAAAUUUCACCAGGCGGCCCAAAAUUUAACUUGUGGUUUUACAUCUCCUUAAUUAAGUGUGGCUGAAGCCUGUUUGUUGCCACUGACCGAACUACUGAGCUCAUGUGCUUCUGUGCAAAGACAGUUGUGUUUGUUGUCUUCACAUUCUGCAUUCCUCUCAGCAAAGCGAAUGUUUACACUUAUAAUCAGCAUUUUUAAUGGAAAUGUGUAUUUUUCUCCUCUUUUAAUUUAUUUCUACGACAGUCGUAUAUAUUUUUAUCAUACUUUGCAUGGGUAAAUCCACUAAUAUGUUUAUUAAUUAUUCAUUGUGUUACAACCCUUUUAAUUUUUAAUGAAGAAAUAUUCCAGGAAAACAAAUAAUAAACUCCCAGAUGUCACUACAGAUAUUUGGCUCUUACGAAAACCCUCACAGGAAGAGAUGAACAAGGUGAAUGUUGAGAGUAAGUGUCACAUGUCAGAAUGAGUGAGCUUAAUUUGAGGUGAGGUGAAAUUUGAUGUAAUUUAUUCAGAACCGUGUCUGCUCGAUAUCUGUCCGUCCUUGUCACAUCGGUUAUCUCAGCCUUUCAGGCCCCUGUGCGCUGCUGUGUUCAUCGUCACUGCCUGUAAAACAUGCAGUUGGUAAUUGUUAGAAAAUACAUGAAAAAUCUUCACGUGUUUGUGUGCAGGGAAAGAAAUUCUUCACUUCCUUUGGUGCACAGACACGAAAAUAAUCAUAAUUUUCUACAUUGUCACCCAGACAUUUAUAGCAACGCUGUUUUAUUGCAUUUACACCUACCCAUUCUGUGCGUUUUAUUUCUGUCAACAGAACAAAUGCUUAAACCUUCAGGCCAGGAAAUGCAAAAUGUCUGCACCACUCAUCAGAUAAACAGAUGAGAGGGCAGAAGUGGAUCAGUUCUGAGGCUUAAUAUUAAAGCUGUAACCAAAACCAAAAGCAGACACAGAAAAAGGAGUUUUGCCUUUGCUCGACUUCAAUGCUGGACCAAAGCUCUAUAGUUAUGCACAUUGUACAGAGAAAUAGAUUCAUGAUGUUGACAAUCUUUAAAAUCUGAGAUAAAAAUGCUGAAGAGUAGAAAUGUACAGUAGUUCAUCCACGGUUUACCUCAGCACUGUUCUUGUGAGAAUCAUACAAAUGCCAUACGAGAAGCAGCAGGUCAGGAGAAGAGGCACAUCAUUACUCUGCACUGUGUCAUCGACGUUCACCUGCAACGUGGCGGGAGAGGUUUUAUAUCACGCUGACACACGAUCGUUUUCUUUCUGUGAAGUCAUCUCCUGAGCCACUUCUGUUUUUUCUUUCUGCAUUGUUCCUCAUUUGUUGUGACAUUCACCUCAGUUUUCACAAACCUGUAGAGGAGAAGAUUACAGUGAUGUUGCUCUUAACCCAAUUAGGAUGACUCGUUAAUCGCCUUUCAUGGAACCGACAACCUGGUUUGGUGUUUUGUUAAUAGUCAAAGAACUUGAAACCAAAGCUGAAAAGCCUGCAGUGGUUGUUUUUUUAAGACUAAAAACUGUACUUGAUCUAUAGAGCAAUAUCUGUUUGGUCAGUUAAGCAGCACUUUGUGUAUUUCUUAAACAAAGCUUC